AUGAGUGCCACUUUGAUACCUGGCUCGCCCACGCAGCGAAAUCUGCCGAUAUCCCGGAUUUCUCGGGCCUGUGAAGCAUGUCGUGCUCGGAAAGUCCGCUGUAACGGUGAAAGCCCCUGUGCCAGAUGCCGUGGGACUAAUCGCCAUUGUGAGUACCGCUCGCCAAGGUCAGAGACACGAUCGACCCGCAAACCAUUGAGAGCCCAUAAUACGCCCCGUCCAGGACCAUCAGGUGUGCUGCCGUCCACAGCCCCGGUCCGCCAUGACCCGGUCCACUUCAAGAGACAACGAGAGUUGCGAGCGGGCAUCGGAGUAUCAAAUGUCGACACUGGAUCAUUUCAAUACUACGGUCCUUCGUCCCACUUCUGCUUCAUUCAACGCAUGUACCAACGUAUUCAGCAAAAGACUGAUACAUCCCUUCUGACCCCAACUAAUUCUGUUCCCGAUGGCGUCAGGAAUUGGAACUUGGAGCGAUUCAUGUUCUCCGUCGGUGUGGACAGCAACCCUUCUCAAUGUCCAGCGGAGUCGUACUUCCCCCGAGACUUAGGUGAAUCGUUCAUCGAUUCCUACUUUCGUAUCAUUCAUCCGCAGGCGCCCGUUCUUUUGUAUGUGGAUGUAGUAAAGUCGUGGAAUAAUCUCUGGAGCCCACCGUGGGAACGGCGUGAUAUCAAGGGAGACGAAAUACUUUUUAUGGUACUCGCUAUUGGAGCACGAGUAUGCAGCUUUGAGGGGAAACAAAAUACUCGCUCAUCGGAAGGCUGGGCACAUCACUUUGUAGAAAAGGCAAAACGUCUGAAUGACGCAUUCGAAGAUAUUAGCAUGGCCUCGACGCACUUCAUGCUCCUCAAAGCGAUAUACGCCUUCCAGGUCAUGAGGCCCAACGAAGCGUAUCUGUAUCUUGGACAUGCUGCUCGGAUCGCGAUGGCUCUUGGUAUUAACCGAUUGCAAGUCGUUGAUGGAGUCAAUGCUAAAGCACAUCGCCUAAGGCUAACAUUUUGGACUAUAUACGCCUACGAGCGCUCAUGUGCUCUAUAUACCGGGCGUCCAUCCGCAUUUCGUGACGAGCUUAACGACAUACCGUAUGUGGAAGACUUUCCGGUGUCAGACACACUCGAAAUGCCCCCCGCGAGCGUGACUCACUUGAAGCCGUCUACGGAUUGUGGGUUUAUUCGAGCGAUAGCUAAACUUGCCGCGAUCGCGGAUCGAAUACUCGUUGAAAUUUACUCACCCACCCACAUUCCCUCCUUUCCCAGUGCCAUAAAAAUCCACGAUGAUAUAAGGCAGUACGAACUAGACUUAGAGACAAUAACUCACGACCUCCCAGCACAUUUACAUUUUUUUGACGAGGACCUCCCCCUUGGGAACAGUUGGCAAGAGAUCCAGAGGAUGGCAUUAGGAAAUCAGUUUUAUUUCACGCGCAUGCUGAUCUAUAGACCCGCUUUGGUCUUUGCAACUUUCCUAAACUCGCAACACAAGGUCCAGGGACAUGUCACACAGGAUCCACAGUUGUGUGGCUCCAUUCAUGAGGCAAUAUCCUCGGCCCAGAGUAUCGUUCAGCUCAACCACGAUGUAUAUUUCCAACGCUAUCCGGAGGCUAGGUUUGACGGUUCCUCGGCCAGCCUUCUAGUCUCUGCGUGCGUGACCCUCCUCUAUGAUGUGUUUGACCCAAUGACGACGUCGGAUAACGCAAGAAAGAUAUUUGCCAGUGUCGAGCGUGCGAUCAAAUGUCUCGAUCAAAUCAACCAUAUCGGUCCGACCAGUGGGAAGGCCCUUAGCCUAGAUGUCAUGAAAAUCGCCAAGGACACCUUGCAGUCGACUCGAGAAGAUAGUGCUUUAAGUGACGACCUAUUGAGCUCAUUCCCAUGGCUACAAUAUGGCAACUAUGCCCCUCGCGAAAACGGUCUUGACUCGGGGCCCAUAGCUGACACUCUUCCGCAAGGAGAGGAACCAGCAGUAUCGGCGUAUAUUCCAAAUGAGACUCCUGCGAUAGCCACUUCGAUUGAUGCAUAUAAUUCUGCCCAAGUCCCGGCGCCCGAGGUCCAUUACAUGUCCCAUUGGCUGGAAGCUGGCUUUGAUCCGGAAGACAUCCCCCAUUGCUUGUACUAGCAUCUUCUUGAGUGUUUGUUGCCCUUCGUGCCCCCUUCACCUUCUGGCGGAGUAUCUCUCUGGCCAAUUCGGAAGGGAUACGUUACCAUCAGGACCCUAGAGCAGGGUACAGACAUCAUCGUCGACCAUGCAGACCACCAUUUUGAACGUGACUUUCAUCAGAUGGCACAUAG